UUACGAGGAGCUCAAUAAAAAAGACAAAAUGGGGAGAAAAAAAAACUUUCCUAGAUUCAUUGUCCGUGUGUCACGUCAUGGAAAUAUUCGGGAUGACAUUUUUACCAAAUAUGAGACGUAGACCGGUUUUAAGACCGUGUAUUUAACUCUGACCUCAGCUUUACUUCCUAUUGUGUUGAAGAUGGAGUGAGGAGUGCAUGCACUCGGACUAGACGCGUCCAUCAUCAUCAUCAUCACCGUCUUUUCUUCUACACUUGGGAUAUCUUUGUUUGUUUGAUGACAAUAUUUGAAUAGUUCUUUUUCUUUCUCCUGCUCACCAUGACCACACUUGGCACUCUGCAGGACAACAACACCGCACUUCUACACAGAGAGCUGGACUUUGUGAGUUAGCCGGUGUUUACGGUUACCUUCUGGACCAAAACAAAGACUCUGGCUUUGUAAAAUACCUCGAAGAUUUCUUUUCCCAGCCUCGUUCAGAAUAACAAAUUGACAAACGUCUUAGACCGUGAUUACUAUUCUGUUCUGUAUAUCUGUUGCUGACUGAUCAGGCUUGAAUCACUGUACUGAAUGCUUUUUGUUUUUGUUUCCCUAAUUCAUAUACUAUUUGAUCAUAAAUAGUUUCCAGAGCAACCAGUGUUUGUUUGAGGUUUGGCUUUGAUCCUUGUGGUCUCGAUACCCAUAGUGAGCUUGCUAUCUUUUGUUUGACAUCUUUUCAGCCUCUCAGCAUGGAGUGAAGUGGAGCUCAGUAACCUGCAGUUGAUCAGAAAAAACUUUGUCAAUGUGUGCUUGUGUGUUUUUGUAUUAAGUGCUGGCUAACUGCAUAGGAGAUGAGUUGAAUCGUCAACGUAUAGGCCAAAAAAGGGAUUUUGUUCCAGUUUUUUCCUUUGGUUUCCACUUUCUGGCACUACAAACAAUGUCACUGAAAGCUAUAGCACUUUAUACCUUCCAAAGCGAGAACAAAGAGGAGAUUAGCAUCCAGGAGAAUGAGGAGCUGCUUAUUUUCGACGAGAACUCUAUAGACGGCUGGUUACAGGGUGAAAACAGCCGUGGGGAGAGGGGCCUCUUUCCCGCCUCGUACGUGGAGAUCAUUCGGCCACGUUCCAACUCGAACCUGACUGACUACUCUCUGAGCCCUUCAGGCUCCCCUGGCAAAGAGCCCUUCUUCACACCCAGUACAAACGCUACUUAUUAUGACGAUGACGAUGACGACUGGGACGACUGGGAUGACAACUCGACGGUGGUUGAGGACGAAGACCCUCGUCGAGCAGCGGGUGCCAAUGGGCACUCGCAGCAGAGCUCGUACCCUAAUCCUAACGUGCAAUACCGUUCCAGGCCCCACGUGGAGCGCCAGGACAGCAUCUCCAGUUCAAGGAAAGGCAGCAUGGUGGGCCGCAACCUCAAUCGCUUUUCCAGUUUUGUGCGCUCGGGCGUCGAGGCGUUUGUGCUCGGCGACGUGCCUAUGAUGGCAAAGAUAGCCGAGUCCUACAACAUUGAAAUGGGCCAGCGUGGUCCUCAGUGGAAGGAGAGUCCUCAGCCUUUCACCUGCUCCAUUGAGGAUCCCACCAAGCAGACCAAGUUCAAGGGCAUUAAGAGUUACAUUUCCUACAGGGUCACCCCCAGCCACACUGGCAGGCCUGUUUAUCGGCGCUAUAAGCACUUUGACUGGCUGUACAAUCGCCUGUUGAACAAAUUUACUGUCAUUUCCAUCCCCCACCUACCAGAGAAGCAAGCCACCGGGCGCUUUGAAGAAGACUUCAUCGAAAAGAGAAAGCGGCGGCUCAUCCUAUGGAUGGAUCACAUGACCAGUCACCCGGUUCUGUCUCAGUAUGAGGGCUUUGAACACUUCCUCAUGUGUGUUGAUGACAAGCAAUGGAAACUGGGAAAGCGUCGUGCUGAGAAGGACGAGAUGGUGGGAGCUCACUUUAUGCUCACUCUCCACAUUCCGAAAGAGCAUCAGGACCUGCAAGAUGUUGAGGAGCGCAUCGAUACCUUCAAGGCCUUCGCUAAGAAAAUGGACGACAGCGUCAUGCAGCUGACGCACGUCGCGUCUGAACUCGUCCGCAAGCAUGUCGGUGGCUUUCGGAAGGAGUUUCAACGCCUGGGUAAUGCGUUCCAGUCCAUCAGCCAGGCGUUCAUGCUGGACCCUCCGUACAGCUGCGAUGCCCUGAACAACGCCAUCUCGCACACUGGUCGGACAUAUGAGAACAUCGGGGAGAUGUUUGCAGAGCAGCCCAAAUACGAUCUAUUCCAUAUGCUGGAUAAACUAUCGCUGUACCAGGGUUUGUUGUCCAACUUUCCAGAUAUCAUUCACUUACAGAAAGGUGCGUUUGCAAAGGUAAAGGAGUCCCAGCGCAUGAGCGACGAAGGGAAGAUGGAUCAGGACGAGGCAGACGGUAUUCGGAAGCGCUGCAGGACAGUGGGCUUCGCCCUGCAGGCCGAGAUGAACCAUUUCCACCAGCGCAGGGAGGUGGACUUUAAAGACAUGAUGCAGGCCUACUUACGUCAGCAGAUCACCUUCUACCAACAUGUGGUUCAGCAGCUCGAGAGGACCCUGCACAUGUACGACAGCCUGUAGAGGAAUGCAGGACCUUUUGUAAGCCCAUGUCAAGAGCUCAUCCUUCUUCUGCACAAGAGCUGCUCACUCUGUUUAGCUCCUGGUGUUCAAAGACACCCACAGCUGAGAAAUGACCAAUAAAUUCUUAGACUUACAGAAAUGGUGAUGGAGAUCGUCAGACCUAUAGAAUAUAUGCACACGAGGACCAAACACUAGCUCAUGCACUUAAAAUGUCACUUUCUUGGCUGUCCUUCAUGGCCAAACCAUAAGAUUCCAGGGACUUGCACAAGUUGCCUUGAUAAACACAUCCGUAUAAUUUUAUCUUAUUUUGUUUCACACAUUCCAUUUAAUUUAAUUAUACUUGCUGAGUAGUCAUAUAUAAAAUGUGUGUGCAUGUAUAUUUAACAAUUAUUCCAUGAAAUCGAGUCGUACAUGAGCUUGGCUAUAAGUCAUGUACGACGAGAUUGAAUAGAAUAACUGUUUUAUUAUAUUCACGUUCACUGGAUUUUGAGAAACGGAGCAUUUUUAUUUUUUGCAAAUUUGAGGAAUUAAAAUCUUUAUACAAAACGUCCGACAAAAUCAUUUCCGCUGAGGCGGACUUCUUAAAAACCUAUCAAUGGCUGCACGAAUUGCCCUUUUUUUUUUUUUAAGAAAGUGCUGUCGUGCCGAGGUAUAGAAUAGCUUUAGACAUUUAUUUAAAUCUUCCUUGGACAUUUCAGUGAUGUAAUUUUCGAACUUCUUUUGAGCUUUUGAACCAGUCUAAUAAAAUUCAACAAAUUUUAAUGCUUAAAGAUGAAUGUAAACAAACCGGCGAAAUUACAGUAGCAAUUUGUGAAAAAUGCUAUAAUAAUAAUUCUUCAAAAAUUCAAAAACGAUGUGUUCUUACCAUCAAAUACUUUAAUUCCAUGUUUUGUUGCUUUUUUUUGGGGGGGGGGUUGUUUUUGUCCUCGGUUCAGCAAAACGCUCCGCCAUUUUGUUUUUCUCUACUCAUGGUAUAUGAGCUGAUAGCCUAGUAGUAGAGUAGCCAAUUAGAGUGUGUGAUUGCUCAUAUCCAGUGAAUGUGGAUUGUGUGUGUGUAAUAUAUAAAACAUAUAUAUAAACUCUUGAUGCCCCCAAACUCGGGCUGCAUAGAUUUUCAUGAGAAAAGUCUGCUAGCAGACUCAGCAGGUGUCAGAACAAACUGUGCGAGAGUUCAGUCAUAUUGAACAAAACUAAAAUCUGCUCAGCUGAUGAUCUAGAGCUCACAGAAUUCUACUGUUGGAGGAGGGUGAAGUAUUCAGUCUUUGAACGUGCUUUCUGAAGCACGAACUUGCAAUAGCCAACUUGAAAAAAAUUAUGGCUAGCAUGGAAAGAAGAAACAGCUUUCCAAAUGGUUUCCUUCUUAUGAAAAUCACCUAAAAUAGAUCUCGCACAUGUUGAAUUUGAGAUUAGGUGGCCUGAAAAGAUUUCAAAAUCUAAUACUUGGAGACGGACAGGUUAUCCCGAUAAUAUUUCAACAGCAAUCUCCAGUCUGCAUAAAUGGUUGCAAUUUUGCUUUUAUGUUUGCUUUUAUCAGACAGCAAAGUGAAAUGUGUUGCCUUGUCUGUGACUCGCUACUACAGGUGAUGUUUAAAAUGGUAAAUGCUACAAAUCUCUGAAUGUUUUUCCAUGAAUGAAUUAAGAAAAGUUGCCCCUUACACUGCGGGACUGAUGAACGUACACUGUAUUAAUCAAGGAGUUUGGAGUUGUUGUGUUCAUCCUGGUUGUGGAGAAUAAUAAGGUGACUCCUUAUAUAGGAAGUGUUUGAACGGACUGCCACUUUGUAGUUUUUUUUUUUUUUUUGUUAAACUGGUUCAACUUUUGAGUUAUUCUUUUUAAUUUUGUGCUUAGAUAUUAAUAAAAGAAAGUUAGUGCGCUCAGGGGUGGUGUACUUCUGAGUAACGGAUUGUGUAAGACAGACUUUAAAUAAAAGCAAUGUUAAUUUGUGAUUAA